UAUGACCAUAUCCAGAUUCAUUGUAUAAAGCUAGCUACAUCGUAUUUUCAUCUAGGUUGGUCUUUUGCCAACUUCGCGUGGCGAUUCACAGAUACGAUUCAAUAAUUGUGGUUUCUUUAUCUUGUAGUGUUGGUAUUCAUUAGUGUGUGUUUGCUUAAUGUAUGGUUAGAGUGUGGUUGUGAACUCGCUCUUCUGAGAACAUUUUUGGGCGUUUUUGGGUGAUUUUUUGUAAUAAUUGGCUAUACCUCUUUCAAUAAAAGCCGGAAUGAUAUUACAUUAUCUAAAAAAAAUUAGGAUGGAUUGAGCGGUCCGUUGUCGCAUGUUCAGACUUCGGAACGACUUUUCUUUUUCUGGGGAUUCUACUUGAUUUUCCAGCUAGCUAAAUGUGCUUCACUGAAACUGCAGUUUUGUUUAACUAAUGUUUAAUUAAUACGAUAUAUUUCUAAGAACUUGGUAGCACAUCAGAGGUGACAAAAAAAGUGGAGUGCUCUUCCUUAAUUAAGAAAACAAACAGUAUUUACUCCAAGGACUGCUGGUGAGAACAUUUAUUCAGUGCCUUCCUUUUUAUUAUGCUUGCAAAGGGUUGUGUUGUAGGUGCUAUCAUAUUUCUGUUGAGUGAAGGCAAGAACUCGCGAAUCCUGAGGUUCGACGAGCAGCUCUUCUUCAUCUAUGUACUUCCUCCCAUAAUCUUCAAUGCAGGCUUCCAGGUCAAGAAGAAGCAGUUCUUUCACAAUUUUCUCACCAUAAUGUCCUUUGGGAUAUUCGGCGUGUUCAUCUCAGUUGCGAUAGUUUCAACAGGUUGCUACUGGCUCUUCCCAAAAGUUGGUUUUGGGGACCUUGGCGCGGUAGAUUAUCUAGCUUUGGGAGCAAUAUUUUCCUCAACAGAUACUGUCUGCACAUUGCAGGUCAUCAGCCAGGAUGAGACACCUAGAUUGUACAGUUUGGUGUUUGGGGAAGGAGUGGUCAAUGAUGCAACCUCAGUUGUGCUUUUCAACGCUAUAAAGAAUCUGGAUAUCACUCAGCUCAAAGGCGGGGUUGCGCUAAAAGUCAUUUCAGAUUUUCUCUACCUGUUCUUCACUAGCACUAUGCUUGGAGUUACAAUUGGGCUAUCAACUGCUUAUGCUCUCAAAGCUCUGUAUUUUGGUAGGCACUCCACUGAUAGGGAAGUAGCUUUGAUGGCUCUCAUGGCUUAUUUGUCAUAUAUGCUGGCAGAGUUUCUUGAUCUGAGUGGGAUUUUGAUGGUGUUCUUUUGUGGAAUUGUUAUGUCCCAUUACGCAUGGCAUAAUGUGACGGAAAGCUCAAGAAUCACAACCAGGCACAUAUUUGCAACGCUGUCAUUUAUCGCCGAGACAUUCAUCUUUCUUUAUGUUGGAAUGGAUGCACUUGACAUUGAUAAGUGGAAAACAUCAGAGACAAGCUUUAAAACAUCACUCGGUAUCUUUGGAAUCAUCAUAUCGCUCGUUUUAUUGGGAAGAGCUGCAUUCGUUUUCCCUCUAUCCAUUAUGUCAAAUUACAUGAGUGGGAGUUCUGAAAAAGCGCCAAUCACAUUCAAUCACCAGGUAGUGAUUUGGUGGGCGGGCCUCAUGAGAGGAGCUGUUUCGAUCGCACUAGCAUAUAAUCAGUUCACCUUUUCAGGUGUAACUUUGGAUCCAGUUCAUGCAACCAUCAUCACCAGUACAAUCAUUGUAGUAUUUUUCACCACUCUGGUGUUUGGCUUCUUGACAAGGCCACUCAUAAGUGCCAUACUCCCGCAUCAACACCGGCAAUCAACGACACCGGGGACCGGAGGAGGAGGCCGUAGCACGGGCAGCAACUCCCCGAAGGACGACUUCAUCAUGCCGUUCCUCUCGCCUGAUGAAGAGGCGUCAGGGAGCGGCAGUGGGUUCCUCCAGGCCAAGAGGAGCAUCUCCAUGCUCCUGGAGAGGCCAGUCCACACGGUGCACAUCUACUGGAGGAAGUUCGACGACAGGUUCAUGAGGCCCAUCUUCGGUGGACCGAUGGAGCGCGAUCGCGGUAACUGUUACUGAUCGAGCAGAAAUAGUUGGCACAUUGCCACUGGAGGUGGAAGAUCAAGUGCAGGAAGAAUGGGUGUUUUGUUCAUGUUCAGUUCUUCAAUAGCUCCAGUGAGCAUAUAUACCUAAGAGAUUCUACUGAUAAGACCUGUGAGACAAUCUCUGAAAAUCUGAAAUUCUGAAUUCUUCUGUCGUUUAAGCUUUGUUACCGUAAGUGUAAAAAUGGUAUGGUUGGAACAAUUUCAAGCAAUUUCAGGCCACUCUUUAUCCUGAUACUUAACAUCAGCUAAUAUCGCAGUUCCAGAGUGAACUGAUGGAAGUAGAAGUGGAAGAACCAGACAAAGUGCGUUUUGUUGUGGGUUGAAAAAUACUAGUACAAAUGCUCCAGCCGUCGUGAUCACUUGAGCUGUAUUCCUUGAAUUACUCUCUGAUUUGAGCGGUUGUUUCACACCAUACUUAUUCCCAAAGACGAGCUGCAGCAAGUGAUCAUAGCCGGCAAGCAAGGGUCUCUGCCUGACGGUAGUCUCCCAAAAUCUCUAUUUUCCUUAAACAGUGCAGAUUGUUAUUCAUGUAAAAUCAAAAGUGUUUUUAAUUAUUAUUCUGUGAUGAA